AUGCAAUGUUCUACUCUUGAUCAUCUAAUUGGUCUAUCUUAUCAAUGUCACAGUUUUGAACAUUUUCAUUAUAUUGAAUCAUUAAAGGAUGAAUCGAACUCUAAAUUAGCUUUAUGUGCUGGUGUUAAAUGUUUCGAUCGAGCUAUUGAAUUUAAUGGUGUUAACAUUGAGAGUGAUUCGGAAGAUGAAUUACUGAAUAGAAUAGACAAAUCAAACGUUUUAACUAUUCAAUUGCUCGUCUGUCGCCCAGCAACAUAUGUUCGAUAUAAAUCUAAAAAUAAAUACAUUCAUAGCAAUCUUGAAACAGUAAAAUGUAUGAGACCAGUUAAUGAUACACAUACAAAUAAGGCUUUUUUGAAAUGGUAG